ACGCCAGCAACGUCUUCGAACUAACCACGUUCAGCGGGACGGUCGAACUGGAAAGAGUCGGCACAAGUUAUCUACUGGGAACGAAUUAUCCAGCAGAUCAACAUGCGCAUAUUACGUAUAUGCAGAGACUUGUAACCGUGCAGCUGGACUGAUCGAGUCUUGGUCAUGAAGAUUCAAUGUGUGCCCAACCUCAAUGCAUCUCGACAGAGCUGGAUGUGCACAUGCACGUUGCAAGUGGGACGAUCGAUGGGGGAGCGACAGCAUAAAGUUACCAUUUUCAUAUCAACUGCGCAAGCACUAGCUAAGUACGUACAGACCAGUCAGAGCUAAGUGGUCUUUCUUCUUUCUCUAUGAGUUCUGUAGCAGAGAAUGAUAAAGAACCAAUCAUACUGACAGGCCCCAAUGCUGACGCUUUGCAAGACUUUGAGAACACGUUAGCCCAUGUUGCUCCAGAAAUAUCAAGUCAACACAGAGAACUGCGGAAGCUCAUAGGCAAACAACUGAUUGAAGAACAUUUGGAUUUUAGUCACGUUAAGUGCUUUCUGGUGAUGCCACGUGCAAGCCGUACUCUCGUGUAUCUAGAGGGCGAUCGCUCUAGCAUGUAUCAAGAGCUCAAACUCAUGUGCGCGACGAAGAACGACGAAUGGAACAACAUAACACGAGUUAUUAUCGUGUUGCAUCGAAACGAAGAAGUUGCACAGAGUGAUGCUCUGUACGAUUGUCAGAAGAUCAACUUGUGGUGGGAUCCUGGACCACAAAGGGAGUUACAGCAGUUUACUAACAUAAACCACCUGAUCAGCUUUAGAAGUAAACUCAACAUAGAACAGACAAACGUUAUUCGCAAAUUUUUGGGAUACAAACCUAAACAACAAGAGAAGAAACAAAAACAACGAAAUAAUAAAGUGGGUACAAAGAGUCUUUGGCCAUUUUGUCUAUGUAUUUCUAUGAUGCUGAUUUGGCCUUCACAUGCGCCGGAUGCAUACAUGACUUCCAACGUUUUCCAACUACUAUGCAGUUAAACGUCAUCCCACAGACGAGGAUCCCACAGACGAGAUGUUUCCAACCGCCAUAUUUGUACCUAGCUGCAAGACCAGUUGACUUUCCGUUUAGCAAAAAAGUAUAGAA